AUGGCGUAUGAUACACCAUCUACAAUGAAGCCAGAAGAGGUCGCUGCAUUUAUGGUGCGGGCUGGGGUUAAGAAACACCAAGAUCGUUUUGCCGCUGUAUUCCUCAAGGCCUUUAUGGCUGGUGCGAUGCUGUCAUUUGGAGGAUUACUCUCCGAAGUAUUGCAGGGAGGAGCAGGGGGUCUUACCUCCUCUAAUCCUGGCAUAGUGAAAGUUCUUGGGGGAUUUGUAUUUCCUGUGGGUUUGGUGAUGAUUGUUCUCCAAGGUCAAGAACUUCUGACUAGUAACAUGAUGGUCUUCCCUAUGGCAUUGGCUAAGCGCGCUAUUCCGUGGUGGAGUUUGCCCGUUAACUGGAUCAUUGUAUUUUUCGGUAAUCUUGCAGGAAGCCUUUUCUUUGCCGCCAUCCUUGUGCACUACAGUGGAAUCGUCUCUGUUGAUCCAUAUGCGACGUUUAUCAAAACCUUCGCGAUUCACAAAGCCCAUGACCCACAGUGGCAUCAAAUAUUCUUGCGAGGCAUUGGAUGCAACUGGCUCGUCUCGGUAGCUGUCUGGCAAGCCGCUGGCGCAAAAGAUACGAUUUCCAAGGUUUUCGCGAUUUGGAUCCCUAUAUGGAUUUUCGUGGCUUGCGGAUUUGACCACGUUGUUGCUAACAUGUUUUCAGUACCACUCGGAAUCAUGUUUGGAGCACCGCUUACGGUGAACCAAUACAUCAAAAAGUCUCUUAUUGCCUCCCUCAUUGGAAACAUCAUCGGUGCGCUCUUUGUAGCCCUUCCAGCAGUUUAUUCCUACCUUGGGGAUGACCAACUCGCCGCCGCGGAAAAUGGAGAAAUGAAUGACCGCAGUUCAGCAUCGAGCCACGGAGCGGAGAAAGAUCGCAAAGAAUAA